GGGGAUCCGGCGGGCCGCCGCCGCCCCGGGUGCGGAGCCGCUGGAGCGGAGCGGUGUUAGCGGCGCUGCUGGAAGAUGGCGAGCGGCCGGGAUGAGCGGCCGCCCUGGCGGCUGGGACGCCUGAGGCUGCUGCCGUCGCCACCGCUGCUGCUGCUGCUGCUACUGAGGAGUUCGGCCCAGGCCGCGCACAUCAAGAAGGCUGAGGCGACCACAACGACCGUCGCCGGCUCCGAGGCGGCCGAGGGCCAGUUCGACCACUACUACCACGAAGCGGCGCUGGGCGAGGCGCUGGAGGCGGCGGCCGCCGCGGGGCCGCCCGGCCUGGCGCGUCUCUUCAGCAUCGGCCGCUCGGUGGAGGGCCGGCCUCUGUGGGUGCUGCGCCUCACGGCCGGCCUGGGGCCGCCGCCCACCGCCGCGGCGGGGAUGGACGCCGCGGGGCCGCUGCUGCCCGGCCGGCCGCAGGUGAAGCUGGUGGGCAACAUGCACGGCGACGAGACGGUGUCGCGCCAGGUGCUGGUCUACCUGGCCCGUGAGCUGGCGUCGGGCUACCGCCGUGGGGACCCGCGCCUGGUCCGCCUGCUCAACACCACCGACGUGUAUUUGCUGCCCAGCCUGAACCCCGACGGCUUCGAGCGCUCCCGCGAGGGUGACUGCGGCCUCGGCGACAGCGGCCCGCCCGGGACCAGCGGCCGCUACAACAGCCGUGGCCGCGACCUCAACCGCAGCUUCCCUGACCAGUUCAGCACCGGCAAGCCCCCUUCGCUGGAUGAGGUGCCAGAGGUGCGCGCCCUAAUCGACUGGAUCCGCAAGAACAAGUUUGUGCUUUCUGGAAAUCUGCAUGGUGGUUCAGUGGUAGCAAGCUAUCCUUUUGAUGACUCUCCUGAUCAUAUGACCACUGGAACCUAUAGCAAAACUUCCGAUGAUGAAGUCUUUAGAUACUUGGCAAAAGCUUAUGCUUCUAACCACCCUAUAAUGAAAACUGGUGAACCCCACUGUCCAGGAGAUGAAGACGAGACAUUCAAAGAUGGCAUCACAAAUGGUGCACACUGGUAUGAUGUGGAAGGUGGUAUGCAAGAUUACAAUUAUGUGUGGGCCAACUGUUUUGAGAUCACAUUAGAACUGUCUUGUUGCAAGUACCCACCUGCUUCUCAGCUUCGACAAGAAUGGGAGAAUAAUCGUGAGUCUUUGAUCACAUUGAUUGAAAAGGUCCACAUUGGAAUUAAAGGAUUUGUUAAAGAUUCAGUAACAGGAGCUGGGUUAGAGAAUGCAACCAUCUCAGUGGCUGGUAUUAAUCAUAAUAUCACAACUGGAAGAUUUGGUGAUUUCCAUAGAUUACUCAUUCCUGGAAUUUACAAUCUUACAGCAGUUUCAACUGGGUAUAUGCCAUUGACUAUUAAUAAUAUAAUGGUGAAAGAGGGACCAGCCACAGAGAUGGAUUUUUCCCUUCGACCAACUGUGACUUCAGUACUUCCUGAUUCAACUGAGGCUGUAGCAACUCCUGCCACAGUUGCUGUCCCUAAUAUUCCUCCUGGAACAUCACCCUCCCAUCAGCCAAUUCAGCCUAAAGACUUUCACCACCACCAUUUCCCUGAUAUGGAAAUCUUCUUGAGAAGAUUUGCCAACGAAUAUCCUAAUAUCACUCAUCUUUAUUCGCUGGGAAAGUCAGUGGAGUCAAGAGAAUUGUAUGUGAUGGAAAUAUCUGAUAACCCAGGUGUCCAUGAACCAGGGGAACCAGAAUUUAAGUAUAUUGGAAAUAUGCAUGGAAACGAAGUGGUUGGAAGAGAACUGCUAUUAAAUCUCAUCGAAUACCUUUGCAAGAACUUUGGAACAGACCCUGAAGUAACUGAUUUGGUUCGCAGCACUAGAAUUCACCUUAUGCCAUCCAUGAAUCCUGAUGGGUAUGAAAAGUCCCAGGAAGGAGACUCAGUAGGUGUAGUUGGCAGAAACAACAGUAACAACUUUGACCUAAACCGGAACUUCCCAGAUCAGUUUGUUACAAUCACAGAUCCUACCCAACCAGAGACCAUCGCUGUGAUGAGCUGGAUGAAGUCCUAUCCAUUUGUGCUGUCAGCCAAUCUACAUGGAGGUUCUUUGGUGGUUAACUAUCCUUUUGAUGAUAAUGAACAAGGAGUUGCUACAUACAGUAAAUCACCAGAUGAUGCUGUGUUUCAACAAAUAGCACUUUCUUAUUCCAAGGAAAAUUCCCAGAUGUUUCAAGGUAGACCUUGCAAAGAUAUGAGUAUCCUUAAUGAGUAUUUUCCUCAUGGGAUAACAAAUGGAGCUAAUUGGUAUAAUGUACCAGGUGGUAUGCAGGACUGGAACUAUUUACAGACAAAUUGCUUUGAAGUAACUAUUGAAUUAGGUUGUGUAAAAUAUCCAUUUGAGAAUGAGCUGCCAAAGUACUGGGAACAAAAUCGAAGAUCUCUAAUUCAGUUCAUGAAACAGGUUCAUCAGGGUGUCAAAGGAUUUGUCCUGGAUGCCACAGAUGGUAGGGGCAUAUUAAAUGCUACCAUCAGUGUUGCUGAAAUUGAUCACCCAGUGACUACUUACAAAGCUGGAGAUUACUGGCGCCUUUUGGUUCCAGGGACUUACAAAAUCACAGCAUCUGCUCGAGGGUAUAAUCCCGUUACCAAGAAUGUGACCGUCAGGAGUGAAGGUGCUAUUCAGGUCAACUUCACACUUGUUCGAUCAUCAACAGAUGCAAACAAUGAAUCAAAGAAAGGAAAAGGGGAUAGCACCAGCACUGAUGAUGCCAGUGACCCAACUAUGAAAGAGUUUGAAGCAUUAAUCAAACACCUUUCUGCUGAGAAUGGUUUGGAAGGCUUCAUGUUAGGCUCGUCCUCAGACCUGGCUCUGUAUCGAUAUCAUUCAUACAAAGACUUAUCCGAGUUUCUGAGAGGACUUGUAAUGAACUAUCCACACAUUACAAAUCUUACCACUUUGGGACAGAGUGCUGAGUAUCGUCACAUUUGGUCUCUUGAAAUCUCCAAUAAACCCAACGUAUCAGAACCUGAAGAACCAAAGAUCCGUUUUGUUGCUGGUAUCCAUGGAAAUGCUCCAGUUGGAACUGAACUGCUUUUGGCUCUGGCAGAAUUUCUUUGCCUGAAUUACAAAAAGAACCCAGUUGUUACCCAAUUGGUUGACAGGACUAGAAUUGUGGUUGUACCAUCUCUAAAUCCAGAUGGACGAGAGCGAGCACAAGAGAAAGAGUGUACCUCAAAGAAUGGGCAAACAAAUGCCCGUGGCAAAGACCUGGACACAGACUUCACAAGUAAUGCUUCCCAACCUGAGACCAAAGCCAUCAUUGAAAACUUGAUUCAAAAACAGGAUUUCAGCCUUUCCAUUGCUUUAGAUGGAGGUUCUGUGCUAGUCACAUAUCCCUAUGACAAGCCAGUCCAGACAGUGGAAAACAAAGAAACUUUAAAGCAUUUGGCAUCUCUUUAUGCAAAUAAUCAUCCAUCGAUGCACAUGGGUCAGCCUGGUUGCCCAAAUAAGUCAGAUGAGAACAUUCCAGGAGGAGUAAUGCGUGGAGCAGAAUGGCACAGUCAUCUGGGCAGCAUGAAGGAUUAUAGUGUUACCUAUGGCCAUUGCCCUGAAAUCACAGUAUACACAAGUUGUUGCUACUUUCCUAGUGCAGCUCAACUCCCUGCCUUGUGGGCAGAGAAUAAGAAGUCUCUCCUUAGCAUGUUGGUGGAGGUCCACAAAGGAGUCCAUGGGUUAGUUAAAGACAGGACUGGUAAACCGAUCUCUAAAGCAGUCAUUGUACUCAAUGAAGGAAUAAAAGUGCACACAAAAGAGGGGGGUUAUUUCCAUGUGCUUUUAGCUCCUGGUGUUCAUAACAUCAAUGCCAUUGCUGAAGGGUACCAGCAGCAACAUUCACAGGUCUUUGUUCAUCAUGAUGCAGCCAGUUCUGUGGUAAUAGUCUUUGAUACAGAUAACCGGAUAUUUGGUUUGCCAAGGGAACUUGUGGUAACUGUGUCAGGUGCCACAAUGUCAGCAUUGAUCCUAACAGCUUGCAUCAUUUGGUGCAUCUGCUCCAUCAAGUCUAACAGACACAAAGAUGGCUUCCAUCGGCUCCGACAGCAUCAUGAUGAGUAUGAAGAUGAAAUACGAAUGAUGUCCACUGGCUCCAAGAAGUCCCUCCUAAGCCAUGAGUUCCAGGAUGAAACGGACACAGAGGAGGAAACGCUAUAUUCUAGCAAACAUUGAAAACCAUGUUUUGCAUAUGUCCCUGCAUAAGCACCAAGCAAAGUGAUAGCUCUUCUUGGGAGCAGUAAGAAGAGGGAUUCCUUCCUUCCUCAAAGAGCUUUGGGAAAUGAACCUGCUAAAUGCAUAUUCUCUGAAUAUCACAGGCAGUUCUGAACUUCCCUCCCUUAAAGUACUCUUAACCUUUUCUAAAAUCUGAUUUUUAUUUAUACAGCAGAUGAUGGGACAGCCACUUUGUUUUCCUUUUUUAUUUAAGAUGAGCUGUUCAGAGCUUAUGUAGUAACAGCAUAAAGCCAUCUAGUAGAUGUUGUAUUUUGCACAUCAGGUGUUUACUAGUGGCUUUAGUUUUGUUUCUCUUUAUUUUAAAGGCCAAAAGAACCCAGAAACAUUAAAGCAGGGACACCAGUCAGACUCUGACAUAAAGCUUUAAAAACUCGAGAUUUUUCUCCAUCUACUGAGGAGUUCUCUUCUCCAGUUAGCAAAUAGCUGGGGUUUCUCUUAUUCAGGUAAUGGAGGCUGGAUGAUUCUUAAACAUGUAUGACAUUAGAAAACGGAAUAAGUGGGCUUCCGUAUUUGUUUUUCUACCUGUUUCCAAGCUGGAUCAGAACUGGUGGGCUGUGCUGUAGCAGGGUUUUACUACCUCUCUUGUAAGGGUUAUCAAAGCUCUAAAUACCCUCAUCUUAAGGGGGACUCACUGGCUUUGCUGUGGAGGUGCCAGGGGUCCCGUGAGUAGAGUUGAGAGGGAGAUGGAGCAGAAGCAAGGACUUGCCUGUCUUAACUUGGGAAAACCCACAGGUGCUGCUGCUUUAUCUGUGAAGCACUCAUUCUAGGAAUGCCUGUUCCUUAAUGUUUCCUAAAUCUCAGCCCUUUCCGUGUUGUACACCUACGGUUUCCAGAUGAUCCCACACUAAAGGCCCUGAAUUCUACUGAUGAAAAUAUCUAAGAGUGGAAGAGACCUACUUGUACAUUCUUAAUACGUUUGGAUCCUUAAUGUCUACACUUGAUGCUCCAGCCCAAGCCUUCACCCUGUGAUGGAAAUACUGUGGCCCUGUGCAUACAGGCCUCCAAAAGUCCUGAUUCCUUAGACAGUCCUUUUUGGUUUUUUAAUCAAGCAAUUAUGUUAAAAAAUUCAGUUCAAAGCUUUUAAAUAUGGCUCCCUCCAUUUAAAAAAAGUCAACUAAAGGACUGCUGUGUGAUGGGACAGUGGUGCGAAGGUGUCCUCUUCACUGCCAGUCAGGCAAAGACCUGCAAGAUUUGCAUCUUAUUGUGUCUCUAAAUGCCGUUCAGUGGAAUGAUGCUUUUUGUAAGUGUGAGUCUUACCAAUGACUUAACAGUUUAAUAUCUUUGAAUGUUUUAUUGGCCAAAUUGCUGCUGAACUUGUACUAAAUCAGGGGAUCAAAAAACUAGCUCUUAACUUUCCAAACUGUAUUCAUACCAUUAAUGUAUCAGUUACCCCAAAACCUCAGUUCACCUAAGUCAGUCAGCCACAUUUUGUGAGGAAUGCGUCAAGUGGCUGUAUGAAAUGGAGAUCCUGGUUAGUGGAAGGGAUAAUGAGAUCAUGAUGUUUGUUAGCUGUGGUCAGUCAGGUGGCUUAGGUCUGGCCAUUCUGGAAUGAGUACUGGCAUCAGCAGGUCUGAAUCCUUGUUUUGCCACACAAACAGAAUAGUUCUUGGAAGUUAAUACUAAGGAAGGGCACAUGGUUUCAUUUCUUAUAACACUUUGUGUUUUUCUAAAUGAUGUGUAUUGCUCUUUUUCAGCUUUAGUUUUAAUAAAGUGCCAAGUCAGAAAACCAACAAGGGGCUUAUGGCUGGGCCCUGCUUGGGACAUUACAGCUAGAAACCAAGUUCAUGUGACAGCCUUUGCUUUACUAGCGUUGGUGUUCACUAAAGGACACCUUUCCACUUGUUCUCUGGAAUUAAGUGUCUUUAACAGUACAUCUCAGCAGUCAAAGGCCAUGCCUUUUAAAGUAUGUAUGGAAGUUUUAGAGAUAAAUAUACAGAAUAGUUCUCUUAGUUGUUGUUGGUUUUUUUUUUUUUUUUUUUUUCUGAAAUGAAACCCAAACUCUAAGUCUUUAAUGAACUUCUAAGGCAUUGAGCUGGAAAACCAGCCUUCCCCAUCCUCUGUUACCUAUGAACAUGAAUGUACGGGAUCCAUGACUUCUAAGACUGUGUUCUUAGCCCUGCCUUCUUUUAUUUGUGGAUCUAAUCUGAUCUUGGACCACUUUGGCAGCAGAGGGUAUUGAAGCCAUAUGGAAUGGGGAAUGCAUUUCUUCAGUGUUUCUCCUGGAGACUUUCCAUUUCUCUAGAGUCAUGGACCCAUUUGCCCCCAUCUGAGAUGUGCCUUCCCUUUGCUCACAGGCAUUGCUUCAUCCUGGUGAUGAGUUUAUAAGCCUUCUUCUCUCCCUACUCCUUAAUAAAAGACCAUGAGUGGUAGGUGAUGUUUAAUGUGUCUGCCUGUGAGCAUGUGCUUGUACUGGUAAUGACUGGCAAGCUUUUGUUGUAUGUGGAGGAGCUCUGGGUGGUUUGGGAUCUGUCCAGUGAAGAGCGCUUGCCAUCCUCACUGAAGGGAACUGGCUUUGGGACUGUCGGCCUCGAGGAAGGAAACAUUAUAUUUUUGGCUCAGUGUGCUUGGUUGAUCUUUGGUGAUUUCAUCUGAAUGAGACUUGCUGAAAUAGUGAAUAUUAAAUUUAAAACUAAUUAUGAGUGGAAAAAUAAAAAGGUAGUGCUUAUGUCUGAACUCACUGUGUUUUUUCAGCUAGCACCAGGUUACCAGUAACCAAGACUUGCAAUUCCAUUUAUUCCCACUUACUCCCAGCAUUAAAUAGGCUUAUUGUCUUGUCAUACUCUCACUUGUGACAGGGUUUGUCCCUCUUCUCUUAGAAGCUUCCUGGCUGUGAAUACGUCAUGAUGUCCUGUGGUGUGGGUCUCUGGCAGGAUUGUUUUACAGUAGCAGCCCAGCAUUUCCCCCAAUUGUUUCCUUUAUUAUCACUAAAAUUUCACUAAUAGUUAAAUAUUCAGUGAUCUGCUGUAUAGCAACUUGUUAAUAACUUUGGGUUUCUGGUUUAUUUUAAUUUUAGCAGUUUUGGGGGAGGGUGAUUAGAGCAUUUGAUGAAUGUCAAUUGAAUUUAAGAUUUCUAGUUCUUGAAGAAAAACCCUCCCAACACUCACUUUUUUAUAUUUGCCCAAAAAAAAAAAUUCAUUAAUGGUUUCACUGACUCUCAGAGUACUCUCCUAGUUGAAAUUUGAAAGUAGGUUACCAUUUUGAGGCAACUGGACAAAAAUUAUGUAAAUAUAGACAAUUACAAUGUUUAUAAAUGGCAUAACAUGAAUGUACUAGCUGCAUUCUAUGCUGCAGAGUUUUUGGAGGUAUGACAUGGAAUUUUCUGUUCUUUUCACCUCUCUGCUUUUCUUCAGAAUAACUCCCCAGCUCCAAAACUAUCCAUUAGCUAUUUCUGUGACAUGCCUAACACCCAUUCAUCUUAAGUGCUUGAUAUUUUGUUUUAGUUCAUGCACUGUGCCUUCAAAAUGAAAAUUUUAAAAGGGACUUUAAAAGAAUUGAAUAGUAGUUUUAAAAGUUAAUCUGUGUAAUUUAUGUGAAAUCUAACUGUAAUGAGGUCCUUUGUUUUUUAUAUGUAAACAGAUCUACUAAUCCUGUAUAAAAGUUAUUUUAUGA